CCUCCGGGAGCGCGCGGGGGCGUCGCGGUGCACGAGCGCCGAGCCGAGCCGAGCUGAGCCGAGCCGGGCUGGCGGGGCCCAGCGGGCGAAGCCCCGGACGGCGCUCCUGGGCCGGAGAAGAGGCGGAGGCGGAGGCCGCCUGGGCUCGCCAUGCCGUCGGCGCCGCUGCCGCCCAAGGAGAGCAACCUCUUCAAGCGGAUCCUGAAAUGUUAUGAACAAAAACAAUACAAAAAUGGACUCAAAUUCUGUAAGAUGAUCCUCUCCAAUCCAAAGUUUGCUGAACAUGGAGAGACGCUGGCAAUGAAAGGGCUGACGCUGAAUUGCUUAGGGAAAAAAGAAGACGCGUACGAAUUUGUCCGUAAAGGACUACGUAACGAUGUCAAAAGCCACGUGUGUUGGCAUGUUUACGGACUCUUGCAGCGCUCCGAUAAAAAAUACGACGAAGCGAUUAAGUGCUAUCGAAAUGCUCUGAAGCUAGAUAAAGACAACCUGCAGAUCCUCAGAGACCUUUCGCUGCUGCAGAUCCAGAUGAGAGAUCUCGAAGGAUACAGAGAAACCAGAUAUCAGUUACUUCAGCUCCGACCCACUCAGAGAGCCUCAUGGAUCGGCUAUGCAAUUGCAUACCAUUUGCUAAAAGAUUAUGACAUGGCCUUAAAAUUGUUAGAAGAAUUUAGGAAAACCCAACAGGUCCCCCCAAACAAAAUCGACUACGAAUAUAGUGAAUUAAUAUUGUAUCAGAAUCAAGUGAUGAGAGAAGCAGACCUCUUUCAAGAAUCGUUGGACCACAUAGAGACUUACGAAAGGCAAAUCUGCGAUAAACUCAUGAAAGACGAAAUUAAAGGGGAAAUGCUGCUGAAUUUGGGACGCCUGGAAGAAGCGGCUGAGAUCUACCAGGAACUUAUUGAUCGGAACGCAGAAUGUUGGAGUUACUACGAAGGCCUGGAAAAAGCUUUGCAGCCACAUUCUUUAGAAGAGAGGCUAGAAACAUAUGAAGAAAUAAGCAAGCGACAUCCCCGGGCUGUUUCCCCUAGAAGGCUACCUUUGAACUUUGUCACAGGUGAAAAAUUUAGAGAACUGUUGGAUAAAUUCCUACGGGUUUACUUCAGUAAAGGUUGCCCACCCCUGUUUACUACUUUGAAAUCUUUGUAUUACAGCACAGAAAAGAUUUCAGCCAUCCAGGAGCUCGUGAUUGGUUACGAAGCUUCUUUGAAGACCUGCCACAUGUUCAGUCCAGAUGAAAAUGGAGAACAAGAACCGCCAACGACGCUGCUUUGGGUUCGUUAUUUCCUUGCCCAGCACUUUGAUAAGCUUGGCCAAUUUUCCUUGGCAUUGGAUUACAUUAAUUCUGCUGUGACUAGUACUCCGACGUUAAUAGAGUUGUUCUAUUUGAAAGCCAAAAUUUAUAAGCAUGUAGGCAACCUCAAGGAAGCUGCCAAAUGGAUGGAUGAGGCCCAAUCCCUGGAUACGGCAGACAGAUUUAUCAAUUCCAAGUGUGCAAAGUACAUGCUGCGAGCAAAUAUGGUCAAGGAUGCUGAGGAGAUGUGUUCCAAGUUCACACGGGAAGGGACCUCGGCCACGGAGAAUCUCAACGAAAUGCAGUGCAUGUGGUUUCAGACCGAAUGCGCUCUCGCUUUUCAAAGAUUAGGAAAAUAUGGCGAAGCUCUGAAACAGUGCCACGAAGUGGAGAGGCACUUCUUUGAGAUCACAGACGACCAGUUUGACUUCCACACGUACUGUAUGAGGAAGAUGACCUUGCGUGCCUACGUCGACCUCCUGAGGCUGGAAGACGUGCUACGGAAACACGCUUUUUACUUCAAGGCCGCUCGAUCGGCCAUCGAAAUUUACUUGAAGCUUCACGACAACCCCUUGGCCAGCGAGAGCAAAGAACAGGAAGUGAAUUCAGAAAAUCUUUCUGCCAAAGAACUGAAGAAGAUGCUUAGCAAACAACGGCGGGCGCAGAAGAAAGCCAAGCUGGAGGAGGAGAGGAAGCACGCCGAACGAGAGCGGCAGCAGAAGAGUCAGAAGAAGAAACGAGACGAAGAAGAAGAAGAGACCAGCGGCCCCAAGGAGGAACUAGUUCCUGAGAAACUGGAAAGGGUGGAAAAUCCGCUGGAGGAGGCCAUUAAGUUCCUUAUCCCUCUGAAGAGUCUUGUGGCAGAUAACAUAGAUACCCACCUACUAGCCUUUGAAAUCUACUUCAGGAAAGGAAAGUUUCUGCUAAUGUUGCAGUCUGUUAAAAGAGCUUUUGCUAUUGAUGACAGCCACCCCUGGCUCCACGAAUGUCUGAUUAAAUUUUCCAAGUGCGUGUCAAACCACAGUAACUUGCCAGAUAUCGUGAACAAAGUUCUCACCCAAGAAAUGGAGAAGAUUUUUACUAGCAAAGAUUUGGAAAGUUUUAACGAAGAAUUUCUCAAACGUAACUCUACCUCUAUACGGCACCUGCUCUCAGGUGCCAAAAUGAUGUAUUUCCUGGAUAAUUCAAGGCAAGAGAAAGCAAUUGCCAUUGCUACCCGACUUGACGAAAUGACGAGAGACAGAAACGUGAAGACUUUAACAACGGUCUUGGAUUUCUUGCGUGACGGCACCUUUGGAGACUGUCACAGCCAGGGCGAGGCGUAUCGGACAGCGUGCCACAAACUGUUCCCGUUAGCGACGGCCUUUAUGUCCCCCGCCAGCGAAGAGGACGGUUGCUUUGCCCCCGUGAAUCGUAUGGCCAUCAAUCACGAAGGGCUAACCAAUGAGAUUUGAGAACGGAAGGCGGGACUCGCUCCUGACAGUCCAGGGAUCUUCCGGGAUCUUUCGACGGGAUCGCAUCGGAACUGCUCAGAUCUCCAACUCGGGAAACUGGGGGCAAAUCUACUGUGCCGUAAACUCCUUUUUUUUCCCCUCGGCAAGAGCUGCCAAUGUUGAUGUACACAACCCUUUUGGUUUAAUACUGGUCAUGUUUAUACUUGUACAGCUAUAAAUCUUUCUAUUCUGAAUCCUAGGCCGAUAAAUUCCACUGCCUAUACCAGGGGUAGGCAACUUUGGCUCUUUUAUGGCUCGUGGACUUCAACUCCCAGAAUUCCUGAGCCAGCAUGGCUCAGCUUGGAAACCUCUCCCUUUCCCCUCAGCAUGGCUGGCUGAGGAAUUCUGGGAGUUGAAGUCCAUCAGUCAUAAAAGAGCCAAGGUUGCCUACCCCUGGCCUCUACCAAUAAAUACAAUCGCCUCUUUCAAGGAAGAUGUCCAUAAGGGGAGAAGCAGUGGCCGCCAUCUUGGCUUCGUCCCCGUCCCUGGAGAGUCCUGCAUGUGAAUGUUAAAGAAACCAGGAUAAAUAUAUCCUCAGACAUGUUUUUCAUCGGUUUUAGGUUUUUGUGGGUUCCUUGGUGCUCGCUGAGCUUGGUUGUUCUCUUGCAGAUGUUGCGUUGCCCGACUAAAUGUCUAUGGAGGUUCUCCGUCAUCUAGGUCACGCUGGUCCCAAAGGUGCUUUUUCAGAAG